AUGACUCUCAAGAUUACCCCUGGUAGCGAGAGGGGCGCUGACGUUCGCCUGGUGACCUCGGACGGCUUCGUUAUCCCAUUCCAUACCCUCAUUUUCGAAUACGGAUGGCUCAAGCUCAAGGACUGUAAGCUCCAGCUUCACAUCGACGACUGUUUGCGUGAUGGAAAGACUCCUGUUCUCCUCCUCUUCGAUGUUCAGACCGUCUGGAGAGUGCUCUUCUUCAUCUACAAGGGCACAUACCAAGAUGAGGACCAGACUUUGACCUUUUCUAGAGGCGAGCCUCCCGUUUCACCUUCGUCCGCCAACAGACUGAGUGACACUCCUCUGGAGUAUCAAGAGGCUGCCUUGACCCAGGGUUUGCACAACCUGCACCUCACCUCGCAGCCUUGCAGAUCUCCUAAACUGCUCAAGGCUUUGGCCAGUGUGAAGGUGUACCGUGCUGCCAUCACUUGGGACAUUGAUCGUCUCAUGGUCGAGGCCGCGCAUAGAUUUGGCAACUUCAUCUCCGAUUCGUUCGACAAAGACGACUUCCCGCAGUUUGUCAAUGCUGUUUUCAAAUCUGUGGUCGACUCUGACGGUCUGUUGUAUGGCCACCUGGUGGAGGAGUGCUUCAAUCACUGCCAAGAUCUCGUCGAGAACAAGGUCUUCCUCACCGUUCUAGAGCACAACGGCAAGCUUGCUGUUCUCCUGUACCGAAGACUGGCCAGGCUCCAGGCAUCUACCAAUGGCACCUCGAACAUGCUGCCACACACUUCUUCGGUCUCCGGUCCCAGUAACUCUGCUUCUGUUGACGAAUCUUCGGCUGUUGCCGGCUUUCAGGCCCAGCUCACUGAGGCUCUCGAUGCUGCCUCUGUUAGGCAAAAGCGCAUUGAGGCUCUGGAACAGGAGGCUGCUCGUCUCAAAGAGACUGUUACCGAGGCACAGGAUGCCGCUUCUUCUAAGCAGAAGCAGAUCGAUGUCCUUGAGCAGGAGGCUGCCCACACCAAAGGCCAAAAGACUCCCUCGAUCAACCUGGAGGGCCAGGUUCAAAAGCUGAUGAUGCAAAAGGUCAACAAGGACGCUGUCAUCGAUAACCUUGAGCACCAGCUCGAGCAACUGGAGCGCAAGAACGUUGAGCUCGGUCAUACACUUACCAGCGCCAACAAGCGCAACGCUGAAUUGGUGCGCCAAAUCAACUCUCAGCGCACUGGCCAGCCUGAUGCCACGAUGCAUCUCCUUGAGCACAAAGAGGCAGUUGAGAAUGCUGAGAAGCUCCAGGCUCGCCUGACUGCUUCAGAGGACAAGAUUAAGGAGCUCGAGGCUCAGCUGGCUGCUCACGCUCAGCAGUCCAUGAUUGCUGCCCCGGUCUUCGUAUCCCAGUCUAUGACCAGCAGCGCUACCCAGCCCUCUCGCCCUCAGGAACCUACCCAGCCUCAAUACGAUGCUGAGCCCAAGCGCAAGAUCGAGGGCUUUGGCGAGAUGAAUGGCACGAUGGACACUAUCCUUAAGCUGUCAAGCACUGCUCCCGUUGCACGCCCUCCUUCGCCUCUUCCCACCCCUUCUGUUCCCACCGCUCCGACCAUGCUGGAUCAGCCUGUGGCUUCUAGCGGAGUCAUGACAUUUGCUGAGAGAAUCGCACGCCGCCGUGCAGCUGCCGGUAUUCAGGGCGGCGAUCAAGAGAGUGCCUCUUCCAGCGAGGUCCCUCCCCGUAUGACUGUCGCCAUACGUGGUCCCUCGAGCGCCGUUGAGCAAUCCAUGCGCUCUCCUAGCAUUGCACCUUCAGCUAGCAGCACCGUCGCAGGCAACGUACCAUCUGUCAAUGAUGUCCCUCGCGAUUCUCAUGCCGCUGCCAUCGCUCGUGGUGGCGGUGGCUCUCACUCGCGCCUGACAAACGGAGGUCCUCACGCCGCUUCCAGAACCUCCGUUGUUACCGCGAGUGUCCAAACCAAUGGCACCUCUCAGCACGUUGCUCCUCAGGGAAACACCACUGCUGCCGUUUCUGUCGUGCCUCCUCCUACCGCACACACUGCUCGUCUCAUGGGUAGCACCGCUGCUCCUGCUACCACUACCAAUGGUGAGGUCAAUGCCUCUCCCGAUGAGAGAGACAGCCUCAUCCAGCGCCUGACAAGCCACAACGACUUCCUUAGGGCCCAACUGAAUGAUGCUCGCGCUGGUCCUGCCAGCAACAUCCAGUCUCAAGGUCGCGGUGGCUCCGGCCCUCCCAAUGGCCGCGCCUCUGGUGGCGGCGGUGGCGACCGCCUCGAAAAACUCUUGUGGGCUCUGAAGCAGUAUGCUCUUGACCACAAGUCCUGCAAUGAUUGCAGCAUCAACUUCAACUCUCAAUUCAGAGGGAUUGUGGACGACAUCAACAAUGGCGACCUGAUCUUGCUGUGCAGCAAGUGCGGCAACGAGAAGUGCCGCUGGCACAUCUAA